AAAAGGACUAGGAUUCUCCUUUGCAUAUUUACGGUACAUUGGCUUGGAAGACUGCAGAGAGCGAUCCACUGGCGGAGCCAAUACAGUGGAGCGGUGGCACUUACUGCACCAGACACGCAAUCAUCGAGCGGUGUAACGACACGGAGCUAGCUCGAUGGAAAUGGCUGGCAACCAAAGCACUCACCUUGGUGUCUCUGCAAGCUCUGCACGACAAUAUACUGACCGGUCGUAUGUAUGUUCGUAUGGCUGUCCAGGGGAUGAUUUUCAUGAUGUUGGUGCACGUUUGAGAUCUGAGGUGCGCAUUCCUGCCACAGUCCCAAAAAGGCAACUGGAUCCCAUUGUGGCUAGAGCCAUGGUCGCUUUCCACUCCGACCGACCUCACCGCCCCCUUCCCGCUCACUCCUUUCUCCCUUCACCAAGACACGCCCACGCCCACACCCUCCCCCGCCAGCCUGCUCGCCGUCGUCGUCGUCCUCGACAGCAAUGAAAUAUAUCGAAUUUCCUGAACUAUCCCGCCUUGCACAGGCCCUCACCCACGAAGGCCCUGAGUGUUCAGUACACACCCGCCUCGAAGCAUACAGCUGCAAGAACAUCAAGCGCGACAAGAAACUCUUCAAGUCUCUCGAAACAGCAUACACAGACGAGCUCUCAAACUCACCGCCUCUGCCCUCGUGGCUCGCUAUCGACCGCGAGGUUGAUGUCACCCCCUUUGGCCCCAUCGACAAACACGCCAGCAGAAAGACUCUCUACCUCCUCAUAGCCACCCUCAACAUCGCGUUCCCUGACUAUGAGUUCUCGGACGUGAGGCCUGCGCACUUCAACAAGGAGGAAAGUGGAGCCAGCGUUCUGAAUAGUCUCAGCACCACAUUACUCUCACCCCAUCGCGCAGGUAUGCGCGCUCCCAGGACAUAUUCAUCGUAUCCACCCACGUCUCCCAAUUUCUUCCCUUCAUCUGUUCCCACCUCCUCAUCGCCCAUGAACAGCACGAUAGCCAGCCCUUACGCUCCACCCCAAAUAGUGUCAGGCACCCACCCCACGCUCUAUCGCAUUCUUGACGACGUCAUCGGUCUCACUGACUGCGAAGUCUUUUCAUAUGCACCCGACAUCGACUCUGACCCGCACGCGAACGACUUCUCGGAUGACGAGGAUGACGUCGUGAGUAUCGGGGAUGAAUACUCGAGUGACGAUGGCGACGACGGGGCAACCUUUGACUUCGACGACUAUGAUGUAGAUGACCAUCCGUAUCGCUCCCAGACCCAUCGUAUACCCUUUCGCAGUAGCACGGCUGACAGUGCAAGCAGUCGAAGUCAGAGCGACUCGCCCCCUAAAGCCACGAGCAAUAACAUAUAUGCGCUGCCGUCCUACCCCCACAUACGAAUGAAGCGCCGUGGUGGCGCUCUCCUAUGGUCUUCGCACUGGUUCUUUUUGAAUCGGAAACUAAAGCGAAUUUUGUUCAUUUCCGUAUGGGCGCAUACCAAGGGCGCGAAUCGGUCAUGGGCAGACAGCGAUGUGGAUGAGGAAAUGUACAUUGGUGCUGGCGAUGAUAAGAUUGAGGGAUUGAACAAAGAACGGUUCUUUGGUUGGGAAGGAGAUAUUGGUGCAGGCGCAAGAGCAAUGGGCCUGACCGUAUAGUUUUCAUGUUUGUGGAAUUUAACUUUUUCAUCAUACACCUGCUUCAAGGAUGACACACCUUGUUCUAUUUACCGAUGGUUUCAUUGGCCUUUUCCCACACGUACCGGUUCCUACUCGAAAUCUUCUCCUAUGGUCUUCAACGCCACGUAUGAUUAUCUUGUCUGCCUUGGUUACCGCAUUAACUUGUUGUACCUGUAUAUAGCCUUCGCUGGAACUCGUACCAGCGAUUAGACUUACCUAUGCCGUCCUACCUUAUCAUGCGCGUUACUUUAGUUUCCCGUCCCCAAUACCUAUAGACUAUUUGCACAGUGCGUGCAUCAUCAUUGGUACUAUUGUGUACAGUAGUUGUAUUGAUUCGCGAUACUUGCUGGUCUUGUCUCUAUGCUUGCGUUUU